AUGGUCACCCUAGCCGCUGCCCAGGCCUCCAACGCAAAGAUUGCCACCAGUCUGCCGUCCGGCAUGGUGGCCGUCUUUGUCGGCGGCACUAGCGGCAUUGGCGAACACGCCCUGAAGCGCUUCGCCGAGCACGCCAAGAGCCCGCGCAUCUAUCUCGUCGGCCGGUCCCGGGAGGCGGCCGACCGCAUCGUCUCCGAGUGCACCAAGCUGAAUCCCGAGGGGCAGUACACAUUUAUUGAGUCGGAUGUCAGCCUUUUGAACAAUGUCACGCAAGUAUGCGACCAAAUUUUGGCAGAGACCAAGACUGUCAAUCUGCUGUUUCAGUCACAGGGAGGUCUGCAAGUGGAUAAAGGACUAACCAAAGCAUACGUCCUCCCUGUUACCUCGCGCAUUCUCUUUACGCUUCAACUCUUGCCUGCUCUUCAACAAGCGUCCGGUCUGAAGCGAGUCGUCUCCGUCUUUGCCGCUGGUCACGAGGGACCUGUUGGCGAGAACAACUGGUCCGAAUACGGAUCAAAGCACCCCUUCAUGGCACGUGGUCACUUGGCCUCAAUGAUCUCCAUGGCGCACAAUGUUCUGGCCAGGAAGGCCCCAGACGUGAGCUUCAUUCACAACUACCCGGGCGCCGUCAAGACCCCCUUUGGCAAAGACGCGAAAGGCGCCAUGAUUCUUUUACGCAUGGCGCUUACGCUACUUGGCCCGCUGUUUCUCAAGUUUAUCACCCCAGAGGAGUCGUCUGUGCUGCAGCUGUACGGCGCCACCAGCGCAGCCUUUCCACCCGCCACUGGUGCCGCGGCAGGUGUUCCGCUCCCGGACGGAACGGCUGCUACCGCGGGUACUCAUGGGAAACUAGGCAGCGGCAGCUAUAAUGUAGGCGCCUUGUGUGAGAGAGCGUCUGAGGAUGUUGAGAAACGACUUGUUGAAGCACGCGAUAGUGGCGUGGAGGAUCGGCUAUGGGCACAUAUUGUCGGCGAAAUUAGAGAAAUAACUGGGAUAACGUACUAG